UCGCGGUUCCGCCUUUUAGUGAGCUCGCUAAAAAUACGUGAAUGACAACCAACUCACGCCGUCAUUGAUGAUAUCUGGCCCACAAGUUGCAUGUUAUCAACUCGACUCGAUCAUGAUGAUUUGCACAUUCAAUCGCCGUUUUAUAACCUCAUCGUGAUUAUAAGACUCAAUGGUUUUCUCCCCUAAUGAAACGCUCAUCAUUAUCCAUGAAUGACCCAUCAUGGCUUGCUCUGGUCCCUGACGUCUUGCUGUUUAUGGUAUUGACUUACACGUCUAUGUUGUCAUCAUGAGUAGCCCAUCCGUCAUGACUGUAUCAACGACGUCACAGACAGAGACAGUAGAAAACAAACAGAAGAGAGAAAUCCAUUCUCUUCACCAAACAUUGUCCAAUUGAUCUCAUUCUGUUGCUCUACAACACAUCAAUUCUAAACACCCUAAUAUCACAUCUUAAAAGCACCAUCAAAAUGAAGGCAGUUUUCGGUGCUGGCCAACAAGGUUCCGCUGCAGUUCCUAUCAUUUCAGGCGUAGCAGCUCUCGGUGCAGGUGUCUACUAUCUAGGCAGAUCCAAGCCCGAAACCACACCUGAGCAAGAUCGCAGGGGUCGCGCGGAGGCCAAAAAGGCCGAAGGACUCAGCGGCGCCGGCAUUGGAGGAAAUGCCGUCACAGGCGGCCACGAGCUUAGCCACGCCAACUCGAACCGCAAAGAGGGCACGACAGCACCUCCCGAGAAGCUUCCCAGCGGUGGAGUAGGCGGCGGAGUUGGCGGUGGCGGUUCCAACGUUCGAACUUCAGUUGAGAUGUCUGCCAAGGACCAGCCCGGUACAUCGAGCACUUCUCAUGGCAGUGGAAUGCUAGGUGGUUUGUUUGGCACUGGAGGAUCUAAAGCUGGUGAUGGGUCUGGAAAGGAGGCCAAGGAUACGAGAGUGGCUAGCAACUACGAUGGCACGCCAACCAAGAGAGACGCGACGAAGCACGACCAACACCAGCCAAGAGUGGACAAAUCAGGUGGUGGCGACGACAGCAAUAACAAGGGUGGCAGCAGCAGUAGCAGCAAGAAUAGCAAUGACCAGUCAGCUCGGCAGUCAUUCCAGGGCGCUUUUGGGCAGGGAGGAGGUGAUGUCGCUGAGCGCGGUGAUCAGAGCCAAGGGUUCCGUGAUCCCCGAGUUGCUAGCAAUCACGCCGAGACGACGACCAAGAAGCAUGCCAACUAGGAAGAGAUUCUCAAGUAAUCAUAGCAGGAGUUUCUUAAAAAUGAGCAAGUUUUACCGAGUUGCCUCGUCGACAUAAUCUCCUGAAAGUCAAGGAUGUCAAAUCUAGAAUCCGUUCGUGAAACAAGCACAUUUAGUGAGACCUAGCAACGCCAUGAUAUCGUGCCUAGUAACAUAAUCCAAUCUCCC